AUGAUGCUGGCUGCACUGUAUGGGGUGAAUGUGGUGAUGAAGCUGACGCCGGUGCUGAUUCCGGCGUCGGUCAUUUGUAUGUUGAUUUUGUUUAUUGGGCUGCUGGUAUUGGAGCAGGUGAUUGGCACGAGGAAGACGUCGAGGGUUUUGGCGGUGGUGAAUAUUCCAGCCGGGUUUGCUCUGAAAUGGAUUAAUGUGUGUUUCACGUCGCCGUUUAUCCUGCUGCCGCUGGCUCAGCGAGUAUCGGCAGCUGAAGCGUUUGAGAUUGGUGGAAUGUUCUUGUUUGGGUAUCUGGUGAUGAUGGCGUUGUAUGGAUAUUUUGCAUGGGGACUACAGAAAGUGAGUGGUGGUCGGAGGAGAGUCGAGUACGACAGUGUUGGGUCGGGUGGUGUUUCGUUAGAGCUUGAAAGGAAUGAUAUGGUGAGAGAUAGAUUGAUUGGAGGCGACAGUCACAGCAUUGCGAGUAGUGGUAUUGUUGGUUCUGGUCUGGCGAGUUCUGGAGUUGUGAGUUCUGGUUUGACAGGUGCCGGGGUGACUAGUUCAGGUGUCAGAGGCAGUGGUAUUCGGGGUGCUGGAGUUGAGCCAGUUGCUAAUUCUACUGCUGUUAACGGUGGUAUUGUGAGAGAGAACGACGACGACGAUGAUGAGGCUGGAUCUGUUGAUUCCAGAGGAUACGGUAAAGACGAAGGGGAAGAGUAUGUGAUAGUUGAAGAAACCGAUGCUGCUAUUACGAAUCCGACAAAUUCCGGUGCUAAUUCUGGUGCUGGUGCCAAUGCUCUUGCGAAUCCUUGUGCUAAAUCUGGUGCCAAUACUGCUACUAGUAUCAGGUCAGUAUCGAGUUCAGGCAUCACUGGUUCGGUUGUUGAUAACGCUCUGCUGGACCUGGAGACUCCACCACCUCCUGAACCAGUGGCACCCAUUACUAGGAUGAGCAUGGCUGUACCGACAACUUCACCUGCUGACCACGAGCUCAAUCGAGUUCGACAGCGUCAACAACCACCUCCUCCCACUUACACCACUGUUAUAGCCAAUUGGAUAGUCACCAAUUUCGACUGGCUCGUCUACUCCACGCUGUUAGUAGCUGGAUUAGCUGUAUACUAUACGAUUAGCUACGGACUAUUUCUAGAUCUGGGUGUUAUAGUGCUGUCAUAUCGAGCAGGACUGCUGAUUCCUGCUAGAUACAGGCUGAUUAUCCAUCCGAUUCUAGUGUGUAGCGGUAUCAGCAUAUUUGUUAUAUUUGUCACUGGUCGGAUAAACAACGAGACCCUGGAUUACCGACUGGACAGGUUUAAAACCGGUAGAAACUAUCUCACUCUGUUCAACGGGUUUCCUAGCACCAUCAGCGUUUCAUCAGCUGGCUCAACACCUGCUUCUGUUAUUGAAUCCACACCAGUAAUUCCUGGAGCUGGUGAUAUUCUAUCAACGCUUCUUGAUGUGAGCAUUGUAGCCCUGGCAGUGCCCAUGUACCAGUAUCGAAGCGAUCUGAAGCGGCAUUUUGUUGUUCUCAUUGCCUCAUCACUUCUCGCCAGUCUGACCUCUUUCUUCAUAUACCCGCCACUCUGUUACGCAGUCGGUAUUUCGCAGACGAGAUCACUAGCAUUCAUAGCCCGCAGCGUGACUCUGGCCCUGGCACUUCCCGUAGUCGAAGCUGUAGGAGGCUCCACCUCUCUAGUCGCCGUUGUAACGAUCCUGUCGGGUAUUUUCGGCGUUCUGUUCGGCAACCUGCUCAUGGGCCACCGAGUCCUGCGGUUCCGGCUCGACGACUACGUGACCCGCGGUAUCAUCAUGGGCCUCUGUUCAGGCGCCAUCGGCUCGGUCCACCUCCUCAACAUCGACCCCCGGUCCAGUGCCAUCGCCAGCCUCAGCUUCUUCCUCUACGGCAUCAUCCUCAUCAUCCUAGCCGUCAUCCCGCCCAUCGCCAACAUCGUCCGCGACUGGGUCGGCCUGCCCGCUCUCUAA